GAGGCAGGGGCGGGACUUGGCAUCCGACGGUUGAAGGGAAUCCACGUUUGAAUUGUCAGCGUGUUGGUGAUUUGAGUGUGAAGUAUUGGUGCUAGAGGUUACUGCAAAUCCAUCGUGGUGUCAAUAUAUAUUUGAUUAUAUUUAAAUAAAAUAUAAAAGCGGCAUGUCUCCCACCGGCAAAUUGCUGAUCAAUGGCGGCGGGACAGGAGAGCCCGCAGGCCCGAACCGCCUGCGCUGGAACCUGGGCAAACAGCAAAUCGAGGAGGAGGCCCAGGCCCUGAUGUGCAGGACAAGGCGGGUGUACGAUCGCGUUGGCUCGCUCGACCUGGCCGAGGUGACCUACGACAACACGCUGAAGGAGCUGGCCGACAUCGAGGUGGAAUACACGGUUCAGCGGAAUAUUCUAGACUUCCCACAGCAUGUUGCUCCUUGCAAAGAAGUUCGGGCUGCUAGCACUGAGGCAGACAAACGGUUGUCCGAAUUUGAUGUGGAGAUGAGCAUGAGAGAAGAUGUUUACCAGAGGAUAGUGGCUCUUCAGGAUAAAUGUCAGGCUGAAGAACUAUGGCCAGAAGCUCGGCGCUACAUGGAAAGGCUGCUGAAAUUAGGAAAAAGAAAUGGACUCCAUUUGUGUAAAGAUAAGCAAGAGGAGAUCAAAGCUAUCAAGAAGAGAAUCAGCACUUUAUGUAUAGACUUCUGCAAGAACUUAAAUGAGAAUACGACGUUCCUGGAGUUUACACAGGAUGAACUCGGUGGUCUCCCUGAUGACUUUAUCAGUAGCUUGGAGAAAAUGGAAAAUGGGAAGCUAAAGGUGACACUAAAAUACCCACACUAUUUUCCCAUAAUGAAGAAAUGUUAUGUCCCAGAAACUAGGAAGAAGAUGGAGCAAGCCUUCAACUCCCGCUGUAUGGAGGACAAUACGAAGAUCCUUAAAGAACUGGUAGCGCUUCGUAAAAAGAAAUCUGGUCUCCUGAACUUUAAGACCCACGCGGAUUUUGUGCUAGAAAUGAACAUGGCUAAGAACAGCAAGAAUGUCACUGUCUUUCUCGAUGAACUAGCACGGAAACUAAAACCACUUGGUGAAGAAGAAAGGGCAGUUAUCAUAGACCUGAAGAAGGAAGAAUGUGCAAAACGAAAGCUGGAUUUUGAUGGUAUCAUAAAUGCCUGGGAUCUACGUUACUACAUGAACCAGGUGGAGGAGCUGAAGUAUUCUGUGGAUCAGAACCUGCUGAAAGAAUAUUUUCCAAUGGAAGUGGUAACAUCUGGCCUGUUGGAUAUCUAUCAGGAACUGCUAGGAUUGACCUUCGAACUCAUUGAGAAAGAACCUGUAUGGCAUGAGGAUGUAAAGUUGUACUCUGUGAAAGACACAGCAUCUGGAGAGUUGCUGGGACAAUUCUACUUAGAUUUGUAUCCAAGGGAAGGAAAAUAUGGACAUGCUGCCUGCUUUGGACUUCAACCAGGCUGCUUGUUACCAGACAAUACAAGGCAAAUCACAGUGGCUGCUAUGGUGGCAAACUUCACCAAGCCAACUCCCAGUGCUCCGUCAUUACUUCAGCAUGAUGAGGUUGAGACCUACUUCCAUGAGUUUGGUCAUGUAAUGCAUCAGAUCUGUUCCCAGGCUGAAUUUGCGAUGUUCAGUGGAACACAUGUUGAGCGAGAUUUUGUGGAGGCUCCCUCUCAGAUGUUGGAGAACUGGGUUUGGGAGAAGGAACCCCUACUCCGGAUGUCUAGGCACUACAAGGACGGGAGCAUGAUUCCACAAGAUCUUCUGGAAAAGCUCCUUAAAUCCAGGCUAGCUAACACUGGUCUCUUUAAUUUAAGACAAAUAGUUUUGGCAAAGGUUGAUCAGUCACUGCACAUGAGCUCGAAUGCAGAUAUUGAUGCCAAGGAAGAGUAUGCCAGACUAUGUAAAGAGAUACUGGGAGUUCCAGUAUCACCAGGAACUAAUAUGCCAGCCACAUUUGGACACUUAGCUGGGGGAUACGAUGCCCAGUAUUACGGUUAUCUCUGGAGUGAGGUAUACUCAAUGGACAUGUUCUACACCCGAUUUCGACAAGAAGGCAUCAUGAGCUCAAAGGUUGGAGUAGAUUAUCGAAAUUCUAUUCUUAAACCGGGUGGUUCACUGGAUGCUGAGGACAUGCUAAAGUGUUUUUUGGGUCGGGAGCCAAAACAAGAAGCCUUUCUUCUGAGCAAAGGGCUGAGAGUAGAUCAAGAAAAGCAGUCUGCCCCUUCAGCCUGUUGAGAUUGUUUGUUUCACUGUACAUCAUGUAUAAUCUUCCACCAUGGUACAGUAAUUUCUCCCUGUAUUGCUGAUGAACUGCUCUCCAGAUAGAUUUUUUUUCAAAUAUUAAUAUGGUUGUUCAACUGCAGCAGGCUAAUGGGUUAACCAGAACUUGCUGAGUUCUAGCAAAACCCUUCCAAUGAAGCAAGAUUUAUAACUUGUGUGAAAUUUUUUCAAUUGUAAUCACUCCAUAGGGAAAGCAGAACUAAGAAACGAGCCCUUUUCUCAUAAAUGAACUCUUCACUGCAAUGUCCUCUUGUAACCCUAGAAAGGGGAAAAUUGGCUGAAGUUGCUGCUCUGGAUCAGUGGCACUAGCUCAAUUAUGUGAGGGUAUUGAACAAAAAGUUAGACUAGGCUUGGUUGUAUUGAGCUAUAGAGUAGUAGGAUAGUUUACCAAUGCUCAUUGCCUAACACAUGAUGAAUGACCAGUUCAGCAGAAUAAUAAAUAUCAGUAAUACUCCAAGGAGAAAUUGCCACCUUCUAGAGAAGAGAUGGAUGUAAUGUCGACAUGUUGUUAGUAAUAAUUUUUUAAUCUUUUCAAAAAAAGCAGAAAAAGAAAUGGAGUAUCUAUAUGGCAUGUGAUCAGUACAGAAUCUUAUUGCAGUACAGAGGAAAUGUUUAUGGCAAUGUGCUUGGUUUCUGUAGUUUUCUUUCCAUAAAGUUAAUAUCCAUGGUGACUGACAAAAUUGACAAUGGUGCUUGAUGGAUGCCACGAAGACCAAGAAAUUUUGCAGUUUGGGCUUAAUUAGCUGAGCUCAACUAAAGUAACUAUAUUUGGUUUGCACGUUUGACUUAAGGAAAAACUGAAAGAUAUGGGGUCACCGUAGCUCUGUAAAGUUGUCCAGCAACCUUAUUUGAAGAAUUGCUCCAUGAGUGAUGAGAGGAGUGCCUCUGCCAUCUCUGGAAUUGUACCUGAGGAUAACAAAAGUAGAACAUUAAAGAAUGAACAACAUUUUGGUUUAAUGGUGCAUUAUAUUCCUUUUAGGUUUGGUCCCAGUGCAUCUGGUGCUGGGAUUAUUAAGUUAUCUGCACUUCACUGUGAUUAACACUAUUACUGGACUGUGGAGAGGAUGCCUUGUUUUUUUUUCAGGGCGGAUAACAUUUCAAAAAGUCUUCGAUAUGAAAUAGUAUCCUGUAUCACAUCUAGUCAAUGCCUCCUUCCUGUGCUCACUUAGGAGAUAAAAGCUAUGGAUACUGAACAGGGAUAUCUCCCUGAAAGCCCUCUUACUCCUGCUGCUCUUCAGGCUCAGUCUCGUGGCCCCCCAGGUCUCCAUGCAGUUCUUUCUCCAGCACUGGCCACUGUCUUCAGAUGGGCAGCUUGCACAGCAUGCUGCAUGCCAUGAUGAAGUCUCCACGCCUGCUUUCCUAAAAUGACCCUGGUUCUUUUUCCAGCACAGCCGUGUUGCAUGAUGAUGGGAAGGUAUUUUAUGUCUAUUUGUUCUUGCCUUGUGUCAUAUUGGAUACUGCUUGGGUAUAUUCUGGUCAUUUAACCCUAGGAUUACGUCAUUUUCUAUGUUUUACUAGUUAGUAAGAGGAGAUGGAUAAAUGUCAAAUCCAAAAUUUAAUGAGAUCUUCCAGCUGAUGUACUGCAGAUGAGGCCUCUGAGCCACUGGGGGUUCUAAUACAGAGGGACAUGAAUAAUCUGGCAGAAUGGAGUACCAGAACUGUGAAAAUUAAUAAAAAGAUUUCCUGUGUAAGCUGGAGAUACAGCAGGAAAUUAUUUUCUUCAGUAAAUUGAUGUGGCUUUUAUCAAUGGAAAUUUGUCAAUUUCUCAGAAUGCAACCUAAUAUUUGACAAAAUAUAAAAUCUGACAAAAUUGCCCCUUGUUUCAGAAGUAUAUAAUGGCACAGCCUUUAUUUUCAACAUUCAUAAUUGCAUUCACUAUCUUGGAUAUUUUAUGGCUACCACUUGGUGGAGGGUUAUGGAUCUGAUGUUAUGAUUUCUGUAUUUUCAGUAGGAUAUAUAGUCAAAAGAUAAUUUCUUUACUGCAUGUCAAGAUUGCUCUUAAGUGACAUCACCAACCUGUUCUGCCCAAACCCUUAUCUCAAAAGACCACAUCUCUCUCGCUUACACUUGUGGUUCUCACUUUCAGUUCUUGCCCCAUUAUCAAACUGUAAAUUAUAACAUUAUCCUAGAACCCCAUGGUUUUUAAGCAUUUCUAAUGAUGUUAUCAGUAAGAAAGCAGUUGGUCAAGUAUGAUCAUAACAAAAUAAUUAUAACAAAGGCAUUUCUUAAAUAUAAAUAUUUAUACAUGUUAAAGGGAGUGGCAGUGAUAAAGGGUCAAAAUAACUCUCCAUGCAUUAAAAAGUGAAUUCAAAACCUGUAAGCAAAGUAAAUUAUACAACCCAGGUGUUGGCUAAGGUUUCUCAAAGAAUGUCUUUGUAUUGAUGUUAGUGUGUUUAUGCAGAGAACCAUAACCUCUUGUGUAACACUGGUGCUGUUGGAGAACUACAUGUUUGGGUCCCACAAUUUAAUAUAGUUUACUUUAAUACAGUAACAUGACAGCACACCAUGAAUACACAGGAAUCUUAAUGUGCACUGAGUGAAGUACAUGAUGCAUACAGAGGUGAAAAAUGGUACCAUUCAAUAAAUGCAUUUGUGGUCCUUUAUGGUUUGGUUGGAGUUUGUUGUGCAUUUUUUUUAAAGAGCAUAUUCUUAAGUGAUGUCUAAUCUGCUGAGGUUUUGCUGUUUGUGCCUAGAAUAAUGUAAUGACUGCUCCCAAAAAUUAUUCAAAUAUUUUGGAAUUUGGUUUAAUAAAAUUGGAUAAGU